AUGAAGGAUAUCAGACAAGGAAGAUUCAUCUUUCAAUUCUUCCACGAGCUUGAUCUACUACGGGUUUUUGAAGGAGGCCCUUGGGCUUUUGGCAACUUUUCCCUCAUUCUUCAUAGGCUCAAGAGGGGGGAGUUUCCGUUGAAUGUGCCACUGGAUUUCCUACCCUUCUGGGUUCAGAUUCACGAUCUCCCCGCUGGUUAUCUCACCGAGGGGGUGGGCCGGCUUCUGGCUAAUUUCAUUGGUACGUUUUUGGAAUAUGAUAGUUCGAAUUCCACAGACGUUUGGCGACAGUAUAUGCGGGUACAUGUGGAUAUUCGUGUGGCUGAUCCUCUCAACAGAUUCAAGAGGAUAAAGCAAAAGGAUGGAUCCUCUUUUGUCGUGAACUUUAAAUACGAACGUCUCAAUGUCUUAUUCUUUCUUUGCGGUAGGCUUAGUCAUUCGGAAAAUUUCUGUGAACUUAUGUUUACCCCAGUUGCCAAGGAUAUCGAGAGGGAGUGGGGUGUUUGGCUAAAGGCUGCAGAUCGGCGGAUGACGAACUUAGCCAGAGACAAGUGGCUCAGAUCGGAUAACACAGAGACAAACCUUAGCAUGGAUGCGUCGGCUGCUAGGGUUUCAACGGAGCCGCCUACCUCUGCAACUAAACGAAAAUCGCAAGAAAACCGGAGUGUAUCUUUACCCAUAAAUGCUGCUAUUAUUCCAAGAGAUCCAAUUCCCCAAACUACUCCACGAUUGGCUCUGCAAGAUAUUACUCACGAGAUUUGCGCUAGUGACUUAAUGAUGAUUGAUGAGUCAUCCUCGGCAAUUAUGGAUGAGAGGAAGCGACGACGUAGCACCAUUACGUCGGAUAUUGUUACCAACACUGCGUCCGAGAUUCUUCCCGCGCGCUGGAUUUUUCGGGGAUGUCUCUAA